UUAGCUAUAUGCUUGACACAUGCAAGUCAAAAGUUUGUUUGCGGGUUGUUGGAAAAGAAGGGCUGGUCUUAGUGUUAUUGUUAGUGCCGUAUUGACUUGUGGAGCUAUCUUCCAGAGGAUGAAAAACUACACGAUAUAUGCUGUUCUUAUCACCAUCCAUUACUGUCACCAUCCGUAUUGUGGUUUGGGGUUCUCAGCCUUGAGAAAACCAAAAGGGAUGACAUCAAAAGGCUUGUCUCAGUGCUUUUGUGCUGCGUUCACUAGUUGGUCUUUUGUGCAUCCAGGGUUACUGCCUGUAGUAGCUUUCUUGGUUGCUCAGCUGGUGGUGAUAUCUUCAGCCUUAUCUGUUGGAAUCAUGGGAUAGGCUUGGUCUCUGUGUCUACAUUGACUACUCAUUUGGUUUCUCUGGUGCUAGGCCAGAGUUAUAGUGAACAUAAAAAUGAAACCAAAGUCUUAACGGGAACAAAAAGGGAGAAAACAGGUAGAGCUGCAGAGGACAGUAAAGGUAACAUCAAAUAUCUCCAUAUGCAUUUCUUCAACUGUUCGACACUUCUUCUAUAGCUGCAUGCAAAGAAACACUAGAUAUGAGACAUAUACUAGAUAUGAAGAUAUCUAGAUAUGCAAAGAAACACUUCUUCUCCGUACAUGAAUCAUGCACAGAGACAUGAAGAUAUGAGAAUAUACUAGAUAAAGAUGUGAGAAUAUACACAUUUAUUAGAUAAAAGUACGAAGAUAUGGUAAUAUACACACUUAGUAAAUUAAGAUAUGAACAUAUGAGAAUAUGCUAAAUGAGUGAAACGUUUCUCACGCGAUGGGAGCGCAUUUCUUUCAUGUAGGAGCUCGCUCCCAUCACGAUUCUCUCUAAGGAGCGCAAAAUCGCGGUUCUCACUGAGAUUCCUGAGGACAUUUCACAUUCCUGGCUGCUAACAUUAUGAUGACUCGACAACUAUUUUAUUGGGCCAUAUAUGCAUGUUUGGACACUGACAUGCUCAUAUGCUGCUCAUCAAUCAUUAGUGAGAUGGUUAAACCAUAUAGAUGUGUGGUCUUUCUCUGCUUUGAUAUGUUAUUGAAGUUGUGUACACAGAAUUUAAAAACCACCGUCGUGGAUGAAGUUAUCUGAGAUGCAUAGAUGUUUCUGUUUUUGCAGUAGCUCUCAUUAUCAGUAAAUGAAACUAAUCUAAGCUUCAAUACCAAAGGGGGAAUAUGUAUCCUAGUUAUGCAUGUUGUUACCUAUUGGAGCAUCUCUGAGGUCUUAGUGUAAUCUUCAAUUAGAACACUCAGCAUUAGUACAUUGCAAACAUUCCGAUGAUGUGGAUUAUUAGCCACUAAAUACUUGGGAUUUUUGCCAAGGAUCUAACUUAAAUAUAUAUGGAGGAAAGAUAUCUAUGCCAAAUCCAGAUAGAUAUCUGGAUUUUUGUCAAGGUAGACAAAACCCUGA